AUGGGUAAAACCUUCAAAAACGUUCACGCCUGCUCUGUGGGAGACUUUGAGAGCAACACCAAAAAGAUCCCACAAUGGAUCACUGCUAACGGAGGAACAUACUACAAGGAUGUCACUAAGGACGUCACUCAUCUGAUCGCAACGAGAGAAGCCUUCAAGCAGAACAGCCCCGCUAUCGCUGAAGCAAAGAAGCUGAAGACCGUCAAGAUUGUCUCAUACGAUUGGUUAGCUGAGUCGCUGCUCUCCAAGCAUCGUACACCUCGGUUCGUCAAAGAGUAUCUAUGGAUUAAUAUCCUUAAAAAUGAGAAUAAAGAAACGCAGAAAAGAAACGAUACAUCGAAAAAGAUCCGGGGGGAAGAAGAACCCAUAAAACAGGCUCAGGCAGACAGAAACGAGACCCUAGGAAGCUACGCAAGAGGAAACCCAGGCCAGAAAACAAGAGGCCCAGAAGCGAAGUGCGUGACAUAUAGUGCGACACUGGUUCGACCUUCGAACACAGCCGGUAAUACUAGAGAGACCAUCCAGCUAAAGGUUUUCGAGACCAUUAAAGUUCCUCACACCUACGCUACACACAUCAGGUUCAGUCGCCGAGGGUUAUCGAAGACCGAUUUUUUGGCUCCACUUGACAGCGACCUCGAUGCCGCACUGGUGGCGUUUAAGGGCUUUUUCAAGGCGCGAACAGGAAAGGAAUGGAAUGAUAGAUUGGACGGGACGGCCCCUUCUCCGAAGAAAGACAAAGAUGGAAAGACGCAACCGCCACAUAAAGGUUGGUUUUGGUUUGACACUGGUUCUGCGGAAUCGUCAUUGGCAAGUUUGUUUCAUGAGGGAAAGAUAUAA